AUGGGAACCAGCCGAGUAGAGAAGGUGGAUGGGAACCAGCCGAGUGGCGAGAAGGUGGAUGGGAACCAGCCGGGUGGCAAGAAUGUGGAUGGGAACCAGCCGAGUGGCGAGAAGGUGGAUGGGAACCAGCCGAGUGGCGAGAAGGUGGAUGGGAACCAGCCGAGUGGCGAGAAGGUGGAUGAGAACCAGCCGAGUGGCGAGAAGGUGGAUGGGAACCAGCCGAGUGGCGAGAAGGUGGAUGGGAACCAGCCGAGUGGCGAGAAGGUGGAUGAGAACCAGCCGAGUGGUGAGAAUGUGGAUGAGAACCAGCCGAGUGGCGAGAAGGUGGAUGGGAACCAGCCGAGUGGCGAGAAGGUGGAUGAGAACCAGCCGAGUGGCGAGAAGGUGGAUGGGAACCAGCCGAGUGAUGGCUGA